UAUGAAAAACACAAUCGCGACGCGAAGCAGGAUCCGAACGACGUAGUGCCAAGUGGAUUUGUCAGCACCACCCUUUUCCUGAACAAGUCUUUCAAAAUGAAGCCAUUCUAUUACUCUCUUUACGCCUAAUGAUCCAUCAAUCAUGGCUGCUCUUCGAUGCACUUUCACACCAUUCACUUCGUGUCAUCAAAAACCCUCUUUAACCCCUAAACAAUUCUUCCCCUUCAAUCCCUCAACACCAUCUUCAUCUUCUUCUUCUUCAACAUGCAAUUACCCCAGAAAUUCGUUAUUCAAUCCAUCUUCUCAAAGUCACAGGUUAGGAAGGGGAAGGGCUAUAUCUGCUCUUGUUUCAGAAGAUAGUGCAACUGGGUCUUUAUCUUCUUCAAUUACUGAUAAUGGGUUCAAACUCACUUAUCUUGAGGGAAAUAGUUGGUUGUGGGAAGCAGGUAAUGUGAAGCUAUUGGUGGAUCCGAUUUUAGUGGGAAGUUUGGAUUUUGGCAUUCCAUGGCUCUAUGAUGCUACUAAGAAAUUCUUGAAGAACUUUCAGCUUAGUGAUAUUCCUGAAGUGGACUGUCUAAUAAUCACACAAAGUCUGGAUGAUCAUUGCCAUUUAAAGACCUUGAAGCCACUCUCUGCCAAGUUCCCUAAUUUAAAAGUAGUUGCAACUCCUAAUGCCAAGGCAAUGCUGGAUUCUCUCUUUAGCAAGGUAACAUAUCUCGAACCUGGUGAAACCACAGAAAUUGAGGGAAGGAACGGUGCAAAAGUUGGAAUCCGUGCCACUGCUGGGCCAGUUCUUGGUCCACCUUGGCAGCGGCCUGAGAAUGGAUACAUUAUAUCUUCUUCUGAAGGCAAGCUGACACUUUACUAUGAACCUCACUGCGUCUACAAUGAUGAAUCCUUGAAGAAUGAGCAGGCAGAUAUUGUCAUUACUCCAGUCAUAAAGCAGCUUCUACCAAAAUUUACACUUGUUUCUGGGCAAGAAGAUGCAGUUAAGCUUGCAAAGCUAUUGCGUGCCAAGUUCGUUGUUCCAAUGAAGAAUGGAGACCUUGAAAGCAAAGGGCUUCUUUCAAGUUUAAUUCAAUCUGAAGGAACCAUGGGAUCUUUUAAGGUCUUCGUUGUUUUAGUUUCCAGUAAUUGAAACAAAGAGCCUGGCUUCAGAGUUACAUUCGAUUUGCUUCAGAAACUUUUCGGUUCUCAUAUAUGUAUUUUCCAUCAAUUAGGUAGCACAAACAAAGGUGGUCUGAAAUUAUAAUAAGGAACUUUGAAUUUUUGUGAAUAAAUUCAAUUGGAUUGAAAGGCAAACAGCUUCAUCAUGUAAUGAUGAAUAAAAAUUAGUAGAAUAUCCUGCAUGUCAUCAAUAAUUUUUUCACUUUUGGUUGACACGAUUUAGUUUUACUUGUAACAGUGGCGUAUCCAGGAAGUCAGAAGUGUGGGUUCGAAUCAUCAAAUAAUAAGAUAUAGCUCCUUCGUUUUUUUUUUUUUUUGCAAUGUUGAUGAUUUCACGCUUGCCAAUGCACAUUCUAUUACUUAAAUAUCUUAAAUUACAUUUUUGUAAUAAAUAUACAAAGUUGAUAUCAAAAAGGGGGAAAAAAAAUUAAAAUUGCUUAUAUAAGCAUUCGGGCUUUCAUCAAGUGGUAAUAUUAGGAGUUUAGAGAAGAAAUUGAAAAAAAAGGGGGAAUAAAUAAAAA